CGAUCGUGGUCUCAAAAUACUAUCACUUCAAAACGAGCGCCGCCGCCACCAAAACGUCCUACAUGGCGGACGAUUUUGACUGCGACGACUUUGAAAAAACCCUCAAGUUGUGCGUGGUGGGCAACGGCAACGUGGGCAAGACGAGCCUCACGACCCGGUACGCCAAAGGCCGGUUCACCGACAACUACAAGAAGACGAUCGGCGUCGACUUUAUGGAGCGCGUGGUGACUGUCGAUGGCGAGGACAUCCACUUGAUGAUCUGGGACACGGCUGGCCAGGAGGAGUUCGACUCGCUCACGAGUCGGUACUACCGCGGCGCGGGGGCCGUCAUGUACGUGUUCUCGACCGUGGACCGCGACUCGUUUGACGCGCUGCCGUCGUGGCAGCAAAAGGUCAAGCACGAGUGCGGCCCCUCGAUUUGCCAAGUGCUCGUGCAAAACAAGAUCGACUUGGUCGAAGACGCUGUCAUGACAAAAGACGAAGUUGACGACAUGAAGGAAGACAUGCGCGUGCGAGUGUAUCGCACGUCCGUGCAAGACAACCAAAACGUCGAAGAAGUGUUUGAAUAUUUGUGCCGGCGGUACCUGAAAAAGAAAGCGCCAGAGGAGGCCGCGGUUUCCGACAUUGGCGGCGGCGCGGCCUCCCCGACCAAGAAAGCCAAACCAAAAGACAAAUCAAGUCGCCACCAGUCCAAAUCCGAACGAGGGGACGGCGAAGCCCCCACAACACCCAAGUCUAAAGUCUCGACCAAAGCCAAGUCGAAUCGAUUCAAAGGCGGUGACGACCACCACGGCCUUUCAUUUGACGAUAUUCGCCUUGCGUUGCCCCCGAACGGCGAAGGGGACCAUGUCCAGCGCAUCGACGACGACCUCCAGAACGAUGAUCAAACUGACAGUCAACGUCCCCCCAAAAUAAGUAAUCCGCACGAAGACGAAGAAGCUAGCAGCAGCAUGCCUCCCCAUUCGUCGGACAUUCCCGACGACGUGGGGGGAAGCGGGGCAGCUCUAGAACCGAGCAAGCGCCGCACCAACGGCAAAAAGAAGGAUGCGUGUAUAAUUUCCUAAGAAAUAACGACAUAUGUUUCUAUAUUUA